AUGUCUCUCGGACUUGCACUCCCCCGCAGGGCUGUCCUCCUGCUGGUGGCUCUGUUGGCGCUCUUCAGCGUGCUUGCCGCUGCGGCCCCGGACGCCGGUGCCACCACGGCCGACGUGGUGGAGAAUGACAUCGCCACGCCUGGCGAUGCCGCCGCCGCCGAGGUCGCUGCCGCCGCUGUGGCCGUGGCCGACAACCUCGACGAUGAGGAUGGCCAUGCUGAAGCCGCCGUCGUGACCGGCGACGCCGACAACGAGGAGGACGAUGCUGUCGCCGGGGCUGACGAUGAUGCCAUCGCCGCGGUUGACGCCGACAAUGAGGACGCGGCGGCCGGUGUCGCGGAGGUUGUCAACCGCAUGGUCAGCCUGGAUGAUGGGAACUUCGAGAGCCUUACUCAGGCGUACACUGGCUCGACCACGGGCGACUGGUUUGUCAUCUUCUAUGCCGAUUGGUGCCCGUACUGCCUCAACGUCAUGCCCACCCUUGAGGAGCUGUCCCACAACCACUUCGGUGAGGUGAACUUUGGUCGCCUUGAUAUCUCGGCUUCCCCCGACACCAAGGCCCGCUUCAAUGUCACUUCCGUCCCGGCUCUCAUCCACCUCCACAAGGGCCAGUACUACCGCUUUAUGGGCCAGCGCAAUGUGGCAUCCAUCUCCCACUUCAUUACCGGGGGCUUUGAGGAGUUUGAGGGAACCCCGGUUCCGCCUCCCCUGCCGCUGAGCGUUCGCUUGCACCGUGUGUACCAGACAUUUGUCAGCGAUCUGAAGGCCUCUCUGGAUCAGCACCGUGCUGUGACCGUGUCCUUCUUGAUGCUUGGCGUGCUGGCUGGCAUGGCUGCCGGUGUGGCUGCCUCCCAGAGCCUGGCCCCGCCGCCGACCUGCCCAUCGGUGGACGCCUGCCGGCUGCGCAUUGCGGCGGCCACCGCGUCGGCCUCUCGCAACAAGCCGCGCGCCACCGCCACUCCCGCCGGUCCGAAGCAGGAUUAA